AUGGCCACGAUGGAGACGCUCUUGACCUACCUUAAACCCUUUUAUACCCUCCAAUACCCUAUCGCGACGCCCGACAAUCCGGAUUCCUUCCCCGACUCCGACUACUACCAUGCCGGACAAAUGGACAUAUGCGUCGUCAUAACCUGCAUUGCUGUCAUGGCCAUUUUGCGCGACGCACUUCGGCUGGGCUUCUUUGAACCGGUAGCGCGCUGGAAGCUCUCCCGGGACCUCAGACUGAAGCGGCAGCGUGCAAGCAAGGCCUGCAAAAGCAACGGAUCUGCAAACGGCCACGUCGCGAACGGAAACGCUCACGUUAACGGCCACGCUAAUGGCCAUACUAACGGGAUAGCUUUGCCCCCUCCAACCACAAAAGAAAUGCGCCAGCUCAAUCGUAGCGUGAUGAGGUUCGCCGAACAGGGUUGGUCGGUCGUGUAUUACUCCUUGCAAUGGGCAUUCGGUCUUUAUGUUCACAUGAACCUGCCCACUCGCGUCCUGGAUCCCACCGAUCUAUGGCUGGACUAUCCCCAUGUACCCCUGGCUGCCCCUGUCAAGUUCUACUAUCUCACUCAAAAUGCCUUUUAUCUGCACCAAAUACUCAUCCUCAAUGCUGAGGCGCGACGAAAAGAUCAUGUCCAGAUGAUGACCCAUCACAUCAUUACGGUGGUGCUUAUGCUUGCUAGUUAUUUCACGUACUUCACCCGCGUCGGGUGCAUCAUCAUGGUUUUAAUGGACUUUUGUGAUAUAUUCUUGCCACUGGCAAAGAUGAUCCGCUACCUGGACAUAAGCCAGUUACUGUGCGACUUGACGUUUGGGUUUUUCAUGAUUUCGUGGUUUGUUACGCGACAUGUCCUAUUCCUUAUCGUUAUUAUAUCCACGAUCUUCGAGGCCCCGAAUCACAUCGAAUUCAAAUGGAGUCCUGAAGAACGAUACUAUACCACGCGUAAAAACUUCCUUGUCUUCAACAUUAUGCUACUUUUCCUUCAGGCACUCCAAAUGAUCUGGUUUGGCAUGAUUUGCAGGGUGGCUUGGAGGGUGGUUAUGAAGGGAGACGGUGCUUCCGACGUGCGAAGCGACGAAGAGGCUGAACCCGACCACAAAGAAGAUUAG